ACGUGGUGGGAGCGAGCGUGCCCGGAAGCUCCCUGCAGCUCCGCGCACCUCCACGGCCCUCCCUCCCUACCGCGGGCCGAGCCGGCGGGGUUCCAGUGGCCGCGGGCGCACACGUAUCCUUGCACUAUGAGCGUGGGCUUCAUCGGCGCCGGCCAGCUGGCCUGUGCCCUGGCGCGGGGCUUCACGGCCGCAGGCAUCCUUUCUGCUCACAAGAUAAUAGCCAGCUCCCCGGAGAUGGAUUUGCCAACGGUGGCAUCGCUCAGGAAAAUGGGAGUGAACUUGACCCGGAGCAACAAGGAGACGGUGAGAAACAGUGACGUGCUAUUCCUGGCCGUGAAGCCGCACAUCAUCCCCUUCAUCCUGGACGAGAUUGGGGCUGACGUCCAGGCCCGGCACAUUGUGGUCUCCUGUGCAGCUGGGGUCACCAUCAGCUCUGUGGAGAAGAAGCUGAUGACUUUCCAGUCUGCCCCCAAGGUCAUCCGCUGUAUGACCAACACGCCCGUGGUGGUGCGGGAAGGUGCCACAGUGUAUGCCACGGGCACGCAUGCCCUCGUGGAGGAUGGACAGCUGCUGGAGCAGCUCAUGAGCAGCGUGGGCUUCUGCACAGAGGUGGAGGAGGACCUAAUUGACGCCGUCACUGGCCUCAGCGGCAGCGGGCCUGCCUAUGCAUUCAUGGCCCUGGAUGCGCUGGCCGAUGGCGGGGUGAAGAUGGGUCUGCCAAGGCGCCUGGCUGUCCGCCUGGGGGCCCAGGCCUUGCUGGGGGCUGCCAAGAUGCUCCUGGACUCAGAGCAGCACCCUGGCCAGCUCAAGGACAAUGUGUGCUCCCCCGGGGGUGCCACCAUCCAUGCGCUGCACUUCCUGGAGAGUGGAGGCUUCCGCUCCCUGCUCAUCAACGCCGUGGAGGCCUCCUGUAUCCGCACUCGGGAGCUGCAGUCCAUGGCUGACCAGGAAAAGAUCUCCCCUGCGGCCCUCAAGAAGACCCUGUUGGACAGAGUGAAGCUAGAAUCCCCCACUGUGUCCACACUGACUCCCUCCAACUCAGGGGUGCUCCUCACAAGAAGUCCAGGGCCAGGAGGCAAGAAAGACUGAGGACCCCUCUUGGCAAUCCAUGCAGGGAAUGGACCGGCUCGGUCAUCCUGGGUGGGUAGCACUGGGAUCCCCAUGACCCCCUUUAGGAGAUGCUUGGAAGUGGGGGGGGGAUCAGAAACCAGGUGUAACUCUGGACCUCCAGCUUUUGGGGGACAGGCAAAGGGUUGGAGGUAAUCCUUCAGCAGGGCCAGGUGCGACCCACUCAGGGAGGUGAGGUCGAUGGUGAGGGCUUCCCUCCUUGAAUAAAUGGAGAACGAGCAACAUAGACCUGUCCCAGUGAGUCAGUGACAUAUGGAAUUAGACUGUCCUCUUGUGUGACUUGCUUUUUCUGCCUGCCUUUAAGAAUAUGUUAUUCAUG